AUGGCCGGAAACAACAACAACACCGUCCUCAUCCCGACCCCCGAUCCUUUCCGUCUCACGGAAAUGAUCGAGGAAUCCAACCCGGCUCUGCAUCGAAGGGGGCGACGACGACGCUCUGCCGAGGGGAAUGGGAGGUCAGCUCGGAACGAUCGGAACGCCGAGUUGAUCCAAACCCAGCCCGAACAACCGCUGGCUCGCGUCCAACAUGAGACUGAACACAAGGACGGGCAGACUGCCUCCUCCUCCACCCGUUCCCUUGAGAGACCAAGACCUCACCAUGGGCAGACUCGGGAUGCUACAGAUGCCCGUGGGGAAACCGACCCCGCAACCCUCGUCAUCCUCAAAGAGCUGCAGCGGACCAACCGCCUCAUCCGACUCCAGGGCGAACGGAUUGAGAAACUAGAGAAGAGGCAUCGUCAUAGUUCUCCCCCGCGGAGGCACCGUCGAUCGCGUUCCUCCUCUUCGCGCUCCCCGCCUAGGAGGACUCGCCGACGCUCACCAUCCUCCUCGCGAUCUCCACCGAAAAGAUCCCGCCGCCAGAGGUUCUACUCGCGCUCCCCUCUGCGAAAGAGCAAGAAAAAUCGGAGGCCCGAGCCCACAGAGGAGGAGAGCCCUUCUCCCGACAGAGAGGAAAGAAGGCUCGCAAGGAAAGGGAGGAAACCUCGCAAGGAGGAACCCGCCCGACGUAACACACGCUCGAUCUCUCCGAGCGCCAGCGACGAGGAGGAAUUCCGCAGCCCCUUAUCCGAAAGCAUCCGAAGGGCUCGCCUUCCCCGAGGAAUGGAAAAACCCCCGACUUUGGAUGCGUACGACGGGACCACAGAUCCUGACGAUCACAUUAGGAACCUGGAGGCCGUCAUGGAGUAUCACGUCGUCCACGACUCCAUCAAAUGUCGGAUUUUCCCGACCACGCUCCGGAAGGGGGCAAUGACCUGGUACAGGAAUCUCCCUCCUAACUCCAUCAAGUCUUGGGCCGAGCUCAAGGAACUCUUUCUGAGUCACUUCACUGCUCCCCGCCGUCAACCGAAAUCAGAGGCAAACCUCGAAGCUGUAGUCCAAGGGAUCAACGAGCCUCUCCGAGACUACCUCGACAGAUUCAACAAGGAGGCCGUCCAAGUGGAGACGACCGAUUACAUGAAAAGGUAUCUCCUCGAGCGAGGGCUCCUCCCCGGCAGCGAGUUCAGGAAAGCGAUAAAGAUCGAAAAAAUGCGAUCUAUGAACGCCAUCUUGAAAAGGGCGCAAGCUUUCAUCUCCUUCGAGGAAGGCGAAGCGGCCGCAGUCAAAGCAUCAAGGGGAAAUGGUGUUACUCGGAGCUCGAGCCAAGACCCGUCUGCCGCGCCCCGAGCAAACGAGAGAAAGAGGGACGACAGGUCCCGCGACACAAAGGAGCGCAGAGGGCCAGCAGGACGCUUCAACGACUAUACCCCCCUGAAAGUUUCACGGGAGAAGAUCCUGGCCGAGUGCAUAAACGCCGAGUUCAGAAACUCCAACAUCAGGCCCCCGAAGCCGAAUCCCUCCCGGCCGGGGACCGACAAGUCCAAAUACUGCAAGUAUCACAAGAGCCACGGGCACCUGACGGACGAGUGCAUCCACCUGAAGGACGCCAUCGAGACACUGAUCAAAGAGGGUCACCUGUCUAAGUACACAAGGAAAGGAGACCCUCCCAGAAGGAAUGACCGUCGGAGCUCCGACGAGGGCAACUCGCCGAACGCCAGGCCGCUGCAGGUGGCGUUAUCCGUCACCCGACCAGAAGACUUCAUACCCUCGGUCGGAGUGACAUCUGCCCUCAGCGUCUGGGAAGGGUUCCCGACAGCAAUGCUGAUAUCCAACGGCGGAGACCCUGGCUCCCUCACAAUCGGCUCAGUGAAAAGGAAGUUCGACGAGUUGAUCAGCGCCACCACGGACCUGACCCCAACCCUGAGGAGGUUUAAAGGGAGGUCAGAACCGAUCACUUUCUAUUUGGAGGAGCUGCCCGGCGGCGCCCCGGACGCCACAAUCCCACUGCUCGUGCGAGCAAGGAUAGCAAACUUCGACGUCCGUCGAGUCCUAGUCGACGAGGGAAGCUCGAUCGACAUCAUGUACUCCCACCUUUUCCAAACCCUACAGCUGGACGACUCACAUCUCACUCCUUACGUGGGCUCUGACCUCCAAGGAUUCAACGGAACCACCACAAAGCCGUGGGGUUACGUCGAACUGCUCGUCUCUUUCGGGGAGGGGGAAGCUUCCAGGCAAGUCAAGACACAGUUCUUGGUGAUAAACUGCAAGACCCUCUAUAACUGCAUCAUCGGGCGCCCCACUUUGGCCGAACUCACUGCCGUCCUCUCAACCGUUCACCUGAAGAUGAAGUUCUAUACGAAGAGGGGACGAGUAGUCACUGUCAAUGCCGACAUCGAAGCUGCUAGGAGGAUAUUCGACGCAUGA